UUGAAAACUAUAAUGAGGAUCGUUAAAAUUUAAAAGCUAUAAAAUUAACGGAAAAUCCAAGCGGCCUCGUGGCGCAGUGGAUAGUAAACAUUUUUUAAGUAAAUAACAUUAUAUAAAAAAUUCAAUGCUACUGUAGGACUGAGUAAUUUCCGCGUACGAGUUUCAACUUCAUGAUCAUUUAGCCUUUAAAUCAACUAAAAGAUAUGUAGAAAAAAAUAAUUAUUUUUUUUCAAAGGAGUAUUUAUCUGAUGGUGAACAUGAUGUUCCAAUCUAUGAUUAAGAUGAUAUUGUUGGUACUGUUAGUACUGUUGGUCCUGUCGAGUAAGUACCUUAAUUGGCUCGAAAAUGCGGACUCUUUUAACUGUGCUAACAAUUUACAGUUCAUGUGCAGACUUAACGAAAGAACGGGAUGAUUUGAAGGAAGAACAGAAAAAACUGAAUACCACGAUGGAGCAAGACAAAACGUUGUUAAAAAAUAAGGAGGAAGAACUUAAGGACCUGAAGGAACAAUUAGUCCAGAAAAAUAAAACGAUCGACAACUUGAGGGAAAACCUGGACAAUGCAACGAUGCAAAUGAACCUGAAAAUUGAGCUUAAUAUAGCCGUAAAGGAAGACCUGAAAAACGUGACGGAGCAAUUAGACAAUAACAAAGAGUUGUUAGAAGAAAAAGAGAAACAAUUGAAGGACCUGACGGAACAAUUAGUCCAGAAAAAUGAAACGAUUGACAACUUGAGGGAAAACCUGAACAAUGCAACGGUGCAAAUGAUCCAGUACAAAGAGUUGUUCGAAAUCGUGGAGGAAAAGCUGAAAAACUCAACGGUAGAUAAAAAAGACUUGACAGCAAAACUGGAAGACGCACUGGAGGAACUGAGUAGAGAAAAAGAAUUGGCAAAAGCCACUGAGGGAAACCUGGAAAACGCGGUGGCUCAGGAAAAAUUGUUGUUAGAAGAAAAGAAGGAAAAACUGAAUAAUGUUACGAUACAAUUAAACCAGGAAAAGAAAUUGGUUGUAGACUUGAAGGAAAAAUUAAAGAACAGGACGGAACAAUUAGACCAGAAAAAUGAAUUGAUUGACAACUUGAGGGAAAACCUGAACAAUGCAACGGUGCAAAUGAGCCAGGACAAAGAGUUGCUCAAAAUCGUGGAGGAAAAGCUGAAAAACUCAACGAAAGAAAAAAACGACUUGACAGCAAAACUGGACAACGCAACGAUGCAAAUAACUCAGCAAAACGCGUCAUUAACAAUCAAAGACGAAAAGCUGAUGAACCUGACGGAAGAUUUAAACCAGAAAAUUAAGCUUUUGGGAGACACGGAGGAAAAAAUAAAGAACGCGACGGAACAAUUAGGCCAAGUCGAACCGUUGUUAAAAGACAAAGAUAAACAAUUGAAGGACCUGACGGAACAGUUAGACCAGAAAAAUAAAUUGAUUGACAACUGGAAGGACAACCUGGACAAUGCAACGGUGCAAAUGAGCCAGGACAAAGAGUUGCUCAAAAUCGUGGAGGAAAAGCUGAAAAACUCAACGGUAGAAGUAAACAACUUGACAGCAAUACUGGAAGAACUGAAUAAUAUGACGAUGCAAUUAAAACAGGUAAAGGAAUUGGUUGAAGGCUUGAAGGAAAAUCUAAAGAACGCGACGGAACAAUUAAGCCAAGUCGAAGCGUUGUUAAAAGAAAAAGAUGAAGAACUGAAGGACCUGACGGAACAAUUAGACCAGAAAAAUGAAUCGAUUGACAACUUGAGGGAAAACCUGGAAAAUGCAACGGUGCAAAUGAUCCAGGACAAAGAGUUGUUCAAAAUCGUGGAUGAAAAGCUGAAAAACUCAACGGUAGAAGUAAACAACUUGACAGCAAAACUGGAAGAAAAGAAGGAAGAACUGAAUAAUGUGACGAUGCAAUUCAAACAGGAAAAGGAAUUAGUUGAAGACUUGACGGCAAAACUGGAAAAUGCAACGGUGGAAAUGAUUCAGGUCAAAGAGAUGAUAAUCAUCAAAGACAAUAACAACCUGACGAACCUGACUGAGAAAUUAAACCAGAAAAUUAAGCUUUUGGGAGACAUGGAGGAAGAACUGAAGCACUUGAAGGAACAAUUAAAUCAGAAUGUUAAACUUUUGGAAGUCGUGGAGGAAAAACUAAAGAAUUCAACGCUACAAAUUGCCCAGAAGAGUGCGUUGUUAGAAGACAAGGAGAAAAAAUUGAAGGAGCUGACGGCCCAAUUGAGCCAGGAAAAAAGGUUACUAGAAGUCACGCAGAUACAACUCGAAAACACAACAGCGCAGGUGAAAUUGAAAGAUGAUUCAUUGCAGUUCGUGAAGAAAAAACUGGAGAACGCAAAUGUUCAAUUGAUCCGGGAACAAAAUUUGUCAGUAAAACUGAAGAACGAAAUCGCACAAUUAACCUGUACCAGUAAUACGAAAAAUGAUUCAAGAAUUUCUUCAAGCUUAUUGCCCCUUUUCCCGGGAUCAAAAUAUUACCUGAGCAAACAGAAGUUGAGCUGGCACAUGGCAGGACAGUUUUGCAAAUUAUUCGGCAUGGAGUUGGCUAUCAUCGAGUCAAGGGAUGAAAAUACUGCACUCCAUGAAUUUAUCAGUAAGAAUAUCCUUCCCUCAAGCUACUAUUGGAUUUCUGGCACAGAUUUGGGCGCAGAAGGGAGGUUUUAUUGGUCUGGAACAGGAAAACCUAUUCAGGGAUUCACUAAAUUUAACAUCGGAGAGCCAAAUAAUGCUGGAGAUAAGGAGCACUGUCUUGAAGUCGAAUUUCGUUCACAUCGAUAUGAUCUUUAUUGGAAUGACUAUCAUUGUGAAAAGAAAAACUUGUUUAUUUGCGAGAUGAAAGUUUGUGGUGAACUUUUAAAUAAGUAAAACUGCAUUCAAUUCGCUCAGAAAUUAAUAAAUUUAACGCUUUUGAAGUCAGUACAAUUUUUGGUUACAUAAGAGGAUCAAAAAUUUAAUUAUGUGUUUAAAAUUGUUGAAUAUAUAAAUAUACAUAAUGGAUUUGAUUAGUCACAGAAUUUCAAAACCAAGGUUAAUUAGAAAAUAAAAUAAAAACCUUCUUUGCUCUUUGUUCCU